GCCGCCACCACCACCGGAGAUCCGUCUUCUCCAACCACCCUUCUCUCCGGAAUUCUGACGAAUCCGGCCAUUUUGGCAUUUUCCGGUGCUGGAGACCUAUCCAUGAGGCGAUCUGCAUCCCGUGAUCUAUUCGCCGAAAGCGAGAGCCGAUACGGAGCACUGUAGCGGGUCCCGGCCCGGUACGUUGGAGGUGGCGGGAUUCAGGCCUUCAGGAGGAUUAUAACAGCAGUUACGACACUCCCCCUCUUUUGCCUAAAAUAGAAAUGCACGUCCCUCUCCAUUUUUCCUAAACGAUCUCUCCCCCCAUCUCGGACGGGCUGGGGUCGCCCCUCUUCUCGCAUGCACGUCCGUCCGGCCGCCACCACCACCGGAGAUCCCUCUUCUCCGACCACUCUUCUUGCCGGAAUUCUGACGAAUCCGGCCAUUUUGGCAUAUUCCGGCGCUGGAGACCUUUCCGCGAAGCGAUCUGCAUCCCGAGAUAUAUUCGCCGGGAUCAAUAUGGGAAUUUCUGAUAUCUCAUCAGAUAAAAUCUGUGAAAGCUAUUUGCUUUUAUAUGGAGAAACUUUUCUUCCAAAUGGAUUGCGAGCUUUCUUGUAUCUUCUUGCUCUUGCCUACUGCUUCAUUGGGUUGUCUGCAAUAACUGCACGUUUUUUCCGCUCCAUGGAGAACAUUGUGAAACAAACACAGCGAGUUGUGGAAAUUGAUCCUUGCACAAAUGCUGAAGUGAUUAAAUAUGAAAAAUUUUGGAACUACACUAUAGCAGACAUUUCUCUACUGGCCUUUGGAACAAGCUUUCCGCAGAUCUCUUUAGCCACAAUUGAUGCCAUCCGAAACCUUGGUCAGCUAAAUGCUGGAGGUUUAGGGCCAGGUACGCUUGUAGGUUCUGCUGCCUUCGACCUGUUUCCUAUCCAUGCUGUUUGUGUGGUGGUUCCUAAAGCUGGUUCUUUGAAGAAGAUAUCUGACAUAGGUGUUUGGCUAGUUGAGCUCUUCUGGUCAUUUUGGGCAUAUUUUUGGCUUUACAUAAUCUUAGAGGUAUGGACACCAAAGGUAAUCACCCUCUGGGAGGCUUUACUGACAGUUUUGCAAUUUGGGUUGCUGUUGAUUCAUGCAUAUGCUCAAGAUAAGCGCUGGCCAUAUUUAUCUAUACCACUGGAAAGAAGUGAGAGGCCUGAAGACUGGGUCCCAGAAAGCGACAAAUUGCUUAAUCAUGGUGACAAUGAAUGUGGUGGUUGCUGUGAGAUACCACCAGUCAGUGAGGAGAAUGACAGCAGAAUUGUUGAUAUCUUCUCUAUCCAUUCUGAUAAGGACACAGGCAAGUAUUUUACAGGUCCAGUCUACCAAAGUGUGCCAGAAAAUGAUAUGGCAGAAUUCUCUACACCAGCGUCAAUCAAGAGGAAAAUUGUUGAAGAUCUUGAUGUAGUUUCAGUUUGGAGACAACAAUUUCUUGAUGCAGUAAUGUUGGAGAGCACUGAAUCAAAGAAAAGGGAUGGUUUUUGCUUACGAUUGGCAAGAGUACUUUGGCAAUUAAGCCUUGCACCAUGGAGAUUGCUAUUUGCUUUUGUGCCUCCAUAUCAAAUUGCUCAUGGUUGGAUUUCUUUUAUUUGCUCUCUAAUUUUCAUUAGUGGGAUAGCUUAUGUGGUUACUCAGCUUACAGAUCAGAUAAGCUGUGUUACAGGAAUUAAUCCCUAUGUCAUAGCAUUUACAGCCCUAGCCAGCGGAACCUCAUGGCCAGACUUAGUUGCAAGCAAGAUUGCUGCUGAGCGUCAAGUAACCGCAGAUUCUGCCAUCGCUAACAUCACUUGCAGGUUCAGGGUGAAUGCAUCAAGUGAGUAGAACCAACACGGUGGCAAUAAAGCGGUCUAAUUACUUGCAACAGUAUAUUAUCCUUAUAUGGGCGGUUUUUGACAGCAUAAAUUUGUAUAUAUAUGUUCACUACAUAGCCUUUCCCCCACCUUCAUGAGAUCAGACCCUUGGGCAUGUUAUGCUUGUGAGUGCAUGAGCACCAGUGUGAUGAAACAUGGACCAAAGAUAACCGCAUCUCUGAAGGGAGUGCUUCAGAUUCAAAUCCGAGUGUUGCUGAAUGGGCAAUCACCAUAUGAACUUGGACUGAAUUGGUGUUGAGGAAUAUGAAGUACUUUCUGUUGUGGGGUUUGGACCUUGGAUAGAAAUGAAUGAUGCAUUAGGAUCUUUGUUGUCGCUUACAAAGUGAUGGGAUUAAGUCUUGUUUCUUUUGUUAUUGUGUUCUUGGCAUCUCUUCUCGAUGUUGAAGAAUGCAAGAUGUUGUUUCCAGUGCCAUGUUCUGUAUUCUUGCGUUCUUGCAUCUUAAGUAGACAGAACACUGCAUGUGUUGUUGAGGUCAGCAUGCAGCUGACUCUUUAGAU